AUGCAGGUUGGGAAGAUCAGCCAUGACUUCACUGUGGCCCUGAAAACUUUUCCUCCUGAAGACCAUCACGUUGUGGCUGUGGCAGCUCGUAAGUUGGAGGAUGCUCAGGAAUUUGCCAAAAAGCACAGCAUCCCAAAGGUAUAUGGCAGCUAUGAGGAGCUGGCCAGAGAUCCAGAUGUAGAUGUGGUGUACAUUGGAGUUAUCCACCCCUGUCAUCUGAAGACAUGUCUUCUCUAUACAAACGCCAAGAAAAACGUCCUAUGUGAGAAGCCACUGGCCAUGAACACAAAGGAGGUGAAGGAGAUCCUGGCCUCUGGAAGUAUGGCCAUAGAAGAAUAAAAGAAUAAAAGAAAAUAACUUUUCUAAUACAGCCCAACUUUCUCCUUCACUCACUUUAAUUACAUUUGCUUUCUGAAAUGACUCCAUGUCUGUGUGCUAGGCUGUCUGGACCCGAUUCUUCCCGGCCUCAGUGGAGAUAAGACGGCUACUGGCCCAAGGGGUCCAGGCCAUGGGGGUGUGCCUGGAGACUGGUAAUGUCAAAGUGACCAGUAUGGUCUCAUGGAUAUGAUAAGUGAUACCUUCUCAUUUGAAGAUGGAGAAUAAUGAGUAACACGUAUUCAUAAUUAAAGUUUACAAGAAUAAUAUCUAAACACAGGUAGAAAAAACACAGUGGCAGAAUUUUAAACUGUGUUUGUGCCUACCUAUAUGUUUACAGACAAGAUGUUUAUUGUCUUCUUUUUUGCCACUGUGAUUCCUUCUGUAUGUGAAAUAAGAUUUUUUUGACCAAGGGAGUGUCCCCUGUACUGAUACGACUUCACCUCUUAUCUCUGUAUUUUCAUUUUGGCACUGUAAAUGUUAAGGUUUGAUAGUUCAGACACCUGAUGUUGUCCUCCUUUUAUACAGUAUACCUCUUAAAAAACACAGUGGAAUGACCUGACUCAACAUUUUCUUUUGCUGAAGACAUUCAUGUGCCACUACAAUAAUCCCUAAUGUCGCACCUUUUAAAGCAUGUGACAGAAUUCAUGUUUUAGUAUUAUAGUUUUUAUCUUUAAUAGUUUAAAUGUGAAUUGAAAUGUGUAUAUUAUAUAUUUGUAAUAUGUUUCAGGAGCGGAUGAGACUGUAAUUGUUACGCUGAAGUUCUCCAGGAACAGGAUGGCAGUGUUUACUUGUUCUUCCGGUUGGAAGCUGGUCAAUGAUGCCGUUAAUGUGGGCACAAAGGGCAUCAUCAAAGGGCGUAGUUCUGAGUUUAUUUGAGUUUGUUUUCCUGAGAGGCAGGAAGGCGAUUAGUGUCCACAGUCUGUCUUAGAGGUAGAUUACAUAAAAAAUAUAUAUAUAUAUAAAGUACUUGGUUAUUGAAAAAAAACAAA